AUGAGCGCACCACGACACGACUAUUAUCAGACGGCGGAGCACGUCGUGCUCAGCGUGUAUGUGCGGCACCAGCCGAAGGAAGACGUGAGUGUGCGUGUCGAAGGCCAGGAGCUACGUGUGUGUGCGCCGGCGCUGUCAGACGCCUUCACGCUGUCGUUGUGGGCGCCCGUAUCGCCGGAAGUGGACGUGGCUGUGGUGCCGUCCAAGAUCGAGCUGACGCUACGAAAGUGCGAAGGCGGCGUGAUGUGGCCGACGCUCGUAGCUGAUGGCACACGCGCUGCGGCGCCUGCGCCUGCAUCGAUGCCGUCGACGGCGCCGCGUCCCGCGUCCAAGUGGGAUGCGCUCGACUAUACCGACGCGGACGACGCGCCGCCUUCCGGUUCGGGCGAUGCGGAGCUGAACGCCUUUUUCCAGAAGCUGUACGCCGACGCGGACCCGGACACGCGCCGCGCGAUGGUCAAGAGCUUCCAGGAGUCGGGCGGCACGGCCCUCAGCACCAACUGGGCCGACGUGAAGGACAAGACCAUGUCGGUCCGUGCGCCUCAAGGCUUGGAGGCGCGGCGAUACGAGCAAUGA